AUGCUGCCGAUGUCGGAAGAGAUUUUUACAAAAACACAGAUAAACACGCACACUCAUAUCAUAUCCCAAAUUGGAUACUAUGGAGUAUUUUCCUUAAGUUCUGUAUUAUAUUUGUUUAGCAUAUUAUACGGAAUAUAUUACAUUCAAGAUCCCAAACUGUCAAAACCCGAAGAAAAUGCAGAGGGUAAAGGAUUCCUUAAAUCAUUCUUUGACCUGAAGCACGCAAAAGAUACUGUAACAGUUGCUUUCAAAAAAGGACCAAACCACCGAAGAAUUAAAGCUAUUAUGGUAUUAGCUGGUAUAAUAUUCAUACAUGGACCAGGCUUCGGAGACAUGUCAAUCCGGUAUUUGUACAGUCGAUAUCGAUUCAGCUGGGACGCUGUUACGUACAGUUUUUACAAGACGUUUUACAUCGUUAUGCAUGCGAUUGGGGCUCUGGUGUCUGUAGCGAUUUUUAGCCGAAAAUUCCAGUGGGAUGACUCUGUGUUGGGUCUUAUUUCUACCGUCAGCAAGACAGCCGGUGCAUUGGCUACUGGUUUGGCCCAGAACAGCUUUCACAUGUAUUUAGCUGUAGUAAUUGAGACAUUCAACGCGUCAUCCUUCACAGCAUUACGAUCCAUUUCCUCCAAAUUGGCCGCUAGUGAUGAAUUGGGUAAGAUGACAUCUAUAUUCAAUCUGACUGAAGUAAUAACGUCGAUGAACUUCGGCCCCUUAUUCUCGUGGAUGUACAUGAUGACGCUUAAAUUUAAUCCCAGUUUCGCUUAUUACGUCAGCGCUGGGAUUACAGUGGUUGCCGUAUUCAUCUUUGGAUGGUUCUACAAAGUGCACAAAGAAAGUGUGAAGAAAAAAAAAUCGAUAGAAAUUGACAAUUGUGAAGAUAAAAAUGAUGACAACGAUCGGCGGAAUUCAAAUACAAAGAACACAGAAGACCAUGUUACAUGCAAUAUUGAACUAACAGGUGAAAGUAUUGUCAUAAGCUGA